UCAAAUGACUUUGCAACAAUUUUAGUGAUACGUGUGAUAUUUAAGACUGUGCUUAUAAAUUAGUGAACUGUUAUGUGUUUAGUGUUGAAUUUUAAUAACAUCCUAAACAAAUAAACUACGUUUAACUACUUUUAAAACCAAGUGAUAAAAUACUUCAACCUAUAGAAUCCAUACAUACGGAGAUAAUCGGGAUAAAUGCGCGAUAUGUGAGAGGCGGCCAUGUUUGCGGGCGUGUAAUGUAAUGCGCCAAGUGAACUCCGCCCACAAUGAGUUCCUUCCUCAUGAACGGUGGCUAUCAACCCCAGCCGGACCCCAAGUUCCCGCCAUCCGAAGAGUACAGCCAAGCAGACUAUAUACCACCAGGCGAAUACUACCAGCACCAACACUUGCAAUAUGGCUACCAACACCAAUACCCCGUACAGAUUGGAACGGGCUAUGGCUACGGAGGCUAUUAUCAUCCACUUCCCCAACACCCGCCUGUGGCACCACCUCCGAGACCCCCUGAAGCCUCACAUCCAUCAGACGCUGAUCACGGUUACAUUCCACCACACAGUGAGGUAGCUCCAGGUUUAGCAGAAUUAGGCCUGCGGUUAGAACGACACAUCGAAGAAGCUGCGCCCGCUGGUAGGAAACUGCAAGCAUUAGGGCGCGAGGGGUCUCCAGUAUCAGAAAUGGAUGAUGAUAGACUAUUGCUGGAGAGUCCUCCAGUCGAAGAUGAUGACUCCUCGAUAUGUUCAGAUAACACAGACAGAGUUAUAUAUCCUUGGAUGAAGAAAAUACAUGUAGCUGGCGCAUCGAACGGUACCUUUCAACCUGGAAUGGAGCCAAAACGACAACGAACAGCGUAUACUAGACACCAAAUAUUAGAAUUGGAAAAGGAAUUUCAUUACAAUCGGUAUCUCACCAGAAGAAGGAGAAUAGAAAUAGCCCACACUCUAGUCUUAUCUGAGAGACAAAUAAAAAUAUGGUUUCAGAACAGACGAAUGAAGUGGAAGAAAGACAAUAAAUUGCCGAAUACCAAAAACGUAAGAAGAAAAACGAACCCCGCUGGGAUCACAACGACCACUACAAAAGGAGCCACACCAAAGAGUAGAUCGAAUAAGAACACAAAUAAUAAUGACAAAAAGAAAUCUAAUAAUAAUGGACGACCUGAUAGUAUAGAAAAUGUGACAGAUAAUAUUAUGAAUGAUUUGCACUGCGUAGGCGCACAACAGAAUCUGUCGCACGACCCAGCGAUCAGUCCAAUGCCGCAUUCUGGUGGUCAGCUUAACCACAGCCAUUCGCUUACACAACAUCACCUGCAUAUGAUGGGAAUGCAUGCUGGCAUGGACCCAGCCAUGAUUGCUAAUCUUUCCGCACAUAGCUCCCCAGUAGGAAACACAACCUGCGGAACUGGUAUCACAAAUCCAAUAAUAAAAUCUGACUACGGUCUCACCGCCUUAUAAUCUUUAGUAUUGUAAAGAAAAUGAUAUAUUUUUCAUUAAAGAACGCUGUCUUACCAUUCCCUCGUAUUAUAAUUUGUAUUAUUGUGAAUAUUUAAGAUUUAAUAUUAAGCCGUGUAAGUAAUCCUAGUAACCAGUCAUAAAUGAAUGUUUGAAUAAAUAAGAGGAAACUUUACAAUGUCAAAAGUGUGAUUAUUUUAGGGUAGGAAUAGAAUAGAUUAUUGUGAGUGUUGAAGUUUGCGCUUUUGUCUUGAUGUCAUUGUUAAAUGAAACUUAAGAUCCAACCAGUUAAAGGAUUAUGAUUUAUAUCGAUUUAUACAUCUACAAAAAUAGGCCCAAUUCCUGAUGGUACAUAGUUUUUAUAGAAUUUCUAAAUUUAGCUAGUUAUUUUUGCAAAUUAAUUACUAAAUUAACAGUUGAACGUAAAUUCAUUUUAUGUUAAAUAUUCUAUUUAGAAUGAUUUC